CUUGUAUUUGAAUGCUGCUCAUGCGCCCUUGGAAGGUACACUUGUGGCUUUCGGUGGUCAUCUUUCGUUGGUGUUUGCGGCUGCAACUGCUGGAGAUUCUCCCAAUUUGAGCCCUUUGCUGCUUUUAAAUCGAAUCAUGUCGUCUGUGUAUGCUCCUGCUGCGAUGAUUCCCGCCGCUGAGAAUCAAAUCAAAGGUAAAAGCACCGUUGGGUCACGGAGGGCUGCCCUAGGAGAGAUUACAAACUGUCCUGGGACAGCAGCAGCAGCAGCAGUCGUCACGAAGAAGGUGCAGACCAGAGCCGGUAGAGCCCAGAAAGCUAAAGUUCAGCCAAUCCAGGUCCAGGCUCCAGCAGAGCCACUUCCUCCAGUUCCAGAAGCGGAAGCCGACGUGUCCAUGAAGGAGGAAGAGGAGCAGGACCUGUGCCGAGCUUUCUCGGCUGGAUUGCUCCCCGUGGAGGAUGUUGACAAGGAUGAUGGUGACAUGCCGCAGCUCUGCGCCGAAUAUGUGAAGGACAUCUACAGAUAUCUCCACCAGCUGGAGGUGCAGCAGCCCAUACACGCAAACUACAUGGAAGGUUACGAAAUCACGGCCCUCAUGCGAGCUCUUCUCGUCGACUGGAUGGUCCAGGUUCAUUCCAGUUUCCAGCUGCUGCAGGAGACCUUGUACCUCUCAGUCGCCGUCCUCGAUCGCUUCCUCCAGGUACAGCCAGUUUCUCGCCGAAAGCUGCAGCUGGUGGGCGUGACGGCGAUGCUGGUGGCCUGCAAAUACGAGGAGAUGCACGCCCCGGAGGUGGGAGACUUCGCCUACAUCACUGACAACGCCUUCAGCAAGGCCCAGAUUUUGUUGAUGGAGCGCCUGGUUCUGCAGGCCCUCGGCUUUCAGCUGGGGCGUCCUCUGCCGCUGCACUUCCUCAGGAGAGCUUCAAAGGUGUCCAAUUCGGACACAGCGAGACACAUGCUGGCCAAGUACCUGAUGGAGCUGACUCUUAUCGACUACAACAUGGUGCACUAUCGCCCCUCUGAGGUUGCCGCUGCGGCUCUGUGCCUUGCUCAGCUGCUGCUAAACGGACUGCCUUGGUCGAGCACACAGCAGCACUACUCCACGUAUGACGAGGCCCACUUGAAACCCAUCAUGCAGCACAUGGCCAAGAAUGUAGUGAUGGUGAACGAGGGGAAAACAAAGUUCCAGGCCGUCAGGAACAAGUACUCCAGCAGUAAGCUGCUGAAGAUCAGUCUGAUCCCUCAGCUCAAGUCCAAGCUAGUCUGCGACAUGGCGGCUGCACUCUGAUUCUUGAAUCCUUGGCAAGAAUUUGUUCCACUUGCACUUUAUUUUAAUGUUAUUCUUUUUAAUGUUUUACGACUUUUUUUUUUUAAUUCCAAAGAUUGCAGCUUUGUUCACAAUUGUCUGCAAGUUCUAUGCCACAAAGUUUGCUUUAUUAAACGUCUUUGUACAGGAGAUCACUAAAACCUCUUUUGUACUUCUUGAAU